GCAGGCUGCGUAAAAUGUAUAAGGCCUUCAUUUUAUUAAACUAUGCAAGUCAAAAGGCUGAAAAAUGACUAAAAAAUCAGUGACGAUUAGUAGCUGCAGCUACAAGCAACUGCUUGUCUCAUUCCAGUGUUGAGCCAAUAUCUACCCCAGCAUUAAGCAAGGCUACAUUGUAUUUAAUAGAGGUAAACUAUGAAUGGCUGUUCAACCGAUAGCAGCAGAUUCCAUUUAAAACGCGUUAAAAUGUGAAUUUUGUUCAUAAACGCAGUCUGCCAUGUCUGGCCCGCAGCCAGGAUUCGUCUCCUCUGUUUUUUCUGGCCCCAGUCCAGACCCACCUCCCCCGCCCGUGUUAUCCACCCACGCCACGGGAGAGGUGAUUUCUUUCUUUUUUUUCUCCUUUUUGUAAAACCUCAUCCUCAUUGAGCGGAGCCUGGUUUUUGGAGUGGGCUGCGGAUGCAGUUAUUAUGCCCACACUUCUCCGACUAUCCGUGCCGUGCUGUCACGCCUCGCUGCUGCAUGGUCCUGCCCGGUACCGCGGUGUGUUGUAGCCGAGUUUGAGUCUGAGCAGCUCGGCGUCUCGGACUCCGCCGCUCCCGGUGUUCUGUCUUUCAAUGCUAAUUGAGCCAAACUGUCCAGCUGCUCACUGGUUAAAUCUGAUCAGUCCCCCUGCCUGUGUGAGACCUAUAAGUGGACAACAUACCUGUGAACGUGCUAUUCAAGCUAUCCUGAUCGGCUCCAUCUGUUUCUUUUUUCUUCCUUUUUGAACUGUUUUCUUUUCACCGGGAGAACGGAGGAGCUGCAGCACCGGGAACCAUGAGCGGACGCGGUGAAGAGGCCGGGGAGAGCUCUGGCUCCCAGGAGCCCGCGGGAGCCACGGAGCCCCAGAAGAGGAGGCCGGGGAGACCGAGGAAGCCCCAGAAAGAGCCCAGUGGAGAGCCUGUCCCCAAGCGACCGAGGGGCCGCCCCAAAGGAAGUAAGAACAAGGGCCCCUCCAAGGCAGCGCAGAAGAAAGCUGAGGCAACUGGGGAGAAAAGACCCAGGGGGCGACCAAGGAAAUGGCCACAGCAAGUCAUCCAGAAAAAGCCUGCUCAGGAAGAAGAAGAGGAAGAAGAAGAUGCUGGAGAGUCCCCAGAGGAGGAUUAAGCUUCUGCACCGUGAAACCUCUACCUCAUUCAGCUGUCAGGUCUUUCAAAGGGAAAAGACUGCCUUGACCACUUAUUUUUGACUUUUUCCACAUCGUUUUACUUGGUUUUAUUUCAGCUAGAGAAUUUCCAUGCUCAGUUUUUGCUUUCAGUUUGUCUUUGGGUGCGGCCACACAUAUCUGUCACUGAACAGUCAGAAAUAUUGAGUAUUUGUCUGUAUGCUUGAUUUCCUUUGAUCCAUUUUUGCAUAGACCAUUCAGAAUGCAGCAACAUGGGAAAGAAAUGUGUGCUGCUGUGAUUUCCUACUGGAGCAGAUGAAAAAAGAGUUCAGUUGAAAGUUCAGCUCCAGACAUUUUGCCUGUCCUCAACAGACAGAAAUCUGGCCAAGACAGACAUGUCAGCCCUGUGCAACAAACUGACACUCCUCAAUGAGAAUCAGCUAAACACAAACAGAGACAGACAGACAGACAGACAGAUUAUCUAAGUGUGGCCACACCCCAAAUGUAGGGAUUUAUGGCUCAGGAUCUAGAGUGCAUCAUCUUCAAAUGAGAGAGAGCAUUAGCAGGGGGUGCAUCAUUCUGAGGACUACACUGAGGUGAAGUUACUCUAUCUCUCUCUCGCAAAUACAAACAGAUACACACUCACUCUGUCACACACACUGCCAUUGUUGACUGAUCCUCCUGAAAAAGUCUGUUUUGUCAUACAGAAAUGCAGAACACAUGUCUGCUGUUCCAAUAUAUCAGUGCUGGCUAUAAAACAAAUCUACCCUCCCACCCCUCACCCAAGCUGGUGUGAGACCACCAAAGACAGGGAGACAUACAUAUCUUUCUUUAGAGCAGUGGUUUAUCCAUCAUGUUGGCUUAAAGCCAUUUAGGAAAAAAAGAUUGCUGAAGUUGUUAACAUUGGCUCAGAAUUAGCUUUAGCGUCAGACAUCAGACUCCCAAUACAUCACCUUUUAUACUUUCACAAAGGCCAUCUUCCUGUAUCUUCUCUCUCUGAUAAUAAUCACCCAAUGCAAUGUGGUUUAGUCUCAUGACAUUAUGUGAAAUAAGUGCAAGUUUUAAAUUUCUGGUGCAAAUGUAUGUCAUGUAACCAUGACCAAUAUCCAGCUAUGCCCUUAAUUAAACAUUAGUUGAGGAUUAGUUGCUUAAGGGGCACAUUUUACAUAAUUCUCUUAAUAGAUUAAUGUUAAUUAUAAAGGUUAAAAUAUUCUAAACCGGUCGGGUAAAUUCUACUGAUGUGCAGGGAUGAAGAUAUGAUUAAUGUAAGAGCCAAUGCUGGCUGAAAAAUUUGAUUAGCACAAUACCAAAAUCCCUACCACAAUGUCAAAUCAUAGGGUAAUCUUUCGAGGAUUAAGAGGAUUGUUCAGUUUAAAUGAAAAAAGUUUAACAGAGCUCUAUGUUUACAUUUAUUUUUUGUGGGAAAGUUAUCUUUUUUAAAGAAAUACCAAUGCAUCUUUUUUUUAACAUCACACAUAUAGUGUGCAAAGGAUGCAGGAGCAAGGACAGGAAUGCAUUGUGCUUCAUUUAUGCAUCUCUUUUGCAUUAAACCUGCAGUGUGGAACUUUUACAUGCAAAUGAAUGUGCAUUACAUUCAAUCUCUUGCUAAACAAGUUUACACAGUGCUGAUUAAGCCUAUCAACACCAACACUCUCUCUGUUUUUCACAGUAUACAGAGUUUUUAAAUCUCAUGUGGGGGGUGACAUUCCCGCGCUGGCUAUUUGGCCGUUAAUCAUGCGGCUCUUCUAGGCUUUCCAAAUGUUAUCGGACCAAAUGUAUCAAAUUCUGAUAGUGAACCAUCAAAAAAUACAUUUUUGGGCCGGUGACCAUCAAAUCAUAUCCAUUUUUACCAGUCCCCUCUGUGUGCCUGUCAUUGGGGGUGUGCAUGACAGCAUGCUGCAUGCCUGUGUCAGACUGUAUUCAUAUCCAAUCAGAUGUUGUGGAGGUGUGGGCGAUUUGUGCUCUAAAACGUAACUGCUGUCAGAAAAUAACGUUUUAUUGAUCUGAUUCACCAGCUGUCUCAUUACCACCACUCCAUCUCUUCAUUCACUCUACCUUGCUCAACCACAGCCGCUCUCUUUCUCACUCACUGGUGCUCUCAGCUCUCUCUUUUUCUCUCAUCUUUUUUAAAAUGAGUU